AUGUGCCAUCGCCGCCGGCGAGGGACCCGUUUCGGCCGUUGCCGAACCGAACAGGGUGCAGAGAUGAUGCUGGACAAUUGGCCAUCAGGGAAUUCACUAGAAAAUGCUUUAUAUACCCAGAAAAACGAGUAUAAGAGGGAGGAGGGUCCACAAAGGAGGGUCCGCGAAGGAGGGUCCAAGAAGGAGGGUCCGCAAAGGAGGGUCCAGGAAGUAGGGUCCAGGAAGGAGGGUCCAAGAAGGAGGGUCCAAGAAGUAGGGUCCAGGAAGGAGGGUCCAGGAAGGAGGGUCCGCGAAGGAGGAACCAAGGAGGAACCGCGGAGGAGGGAUCACCAGGGAGGAGGGACCACGAAGGAGGAGGAACCAAGGAGGAGGAACCAUAAGGGAGGAACCAAGAGGGAGGGACCAAGAGGGAAGGCCAAAGAGAGUGAGAGUUCGAGAUUCAGAGAGUAAUUAAGUGGUGGUGGUAGCAUUGAGAGAAGGAA